CAAUGUGUGUGUGUGUGUGUGUGUGUGUGUGAUCGGGGAUAUCUGCCGUUUUUUUUUUUUUUCGUUUUUUCUCUCAACCCACUCUCCCGUUAUUUGAAGGCGCUGCGGAGUCCGCGCUGACUUUACCUGCCUCACCUGAGCAGACUCACCUGUCCGGACCUACUUCAAACCUGGAAAUCUGACUUUAAGAGAAAGAAAAGUGCUAAGAUAUUAGAAGAUAAAGCUUGGGGAAACAAGACGAAAAAGCGCAAGACGGGGGAAAAAAGAAGAAGAGGAUCUACUCUUUCCAUUUUCCCCCUCAGCUUCCUGCUUUUAAACGGUUACCUGGUUUGACGUCGCUACUUUUCUGAAAACUUCCCUCGCGCUAAAUUAAAAAAGAAAUAAGCCAACACGGACUGGCUGGCUUUGAUCGAGCAUGCCGCGGGCCUUUCUGGUGAAAAAGGCGAACGUUUCGCCUGGAAAGCGGAACUGGAGCGAGCUGCCCGAUCAUGAGCGGGGGGACGUCUACAUCCCAGUCUCCAUCUUCCCGAACUCGGGUCUGAUGACGGAAGUGGAGGCGAGUCCUGCGGAGACCGUUCCUCUCUGUCUCACCAAACACUCUUCAUCGGACAGCCACGCCCAGCUGCCGUCCAGCACCGUGCUCGGACAGCCGCGGAGUCCGAGCGGCUCGCCGGGAAGGUCGGACAUCAGGCGCAGCUUACACAGCGGGUCGUUGUAUAUCCGGUCCAAAAUGAAGGUAACUACAGGCGAGCUGCCUCCUGAUCCCGCUCCUCUUCCUCCAGCUCUUCCUCCCAUUCCCAUUCCCAGUCCACAACCUCUACCUCCACAAGCCGCUGUGAUGCCAGCUGCCCCCAAACAAACCCCGGCCCCAUCGGAGCCGCCAUCCAUGGUGACCAGACCAACGGGUCAAAGUCAGAACCUUCCGCCGACAACAGCAGGAGCGUUUGUGUGCCAGGUUUGCCAGAAGACUUUCCAGUUCCAGCGCAUGUUGAACAGACACGUCAAAUGCCACAGUGACACCAAGAGACACCUGUGCACCUUCUGUGGGAAAGGCUUCAACGACACCUUUGACCUCAAGAGACAUGUCCGCACGCACACAGGCGUCCGCCCAUACAAAUGCUCGCUGUGCGACAAGGCCUUCACCCAGCGCUGCUCCCUGGAGUCCCACAUGAAGAAGAUCCACAGCGUCACCCUGAAGUACGCCUACAAGGAGCGCCGCAACAAGCUGUACGUGUGCGAGGAGUGCGGCCACACGGCCGGCACUCAGGACGAGCUGGUCCGCCACCUCCACUCGCUGCACCCGGACAGCCCACUGCUGAAGGGGAAGGCCACGCGGCGGGUUGGCGGGCUGGGAACGCCGGCCUCCGGCUCCAUCGGAGGAUCCGCUCCCAGCUCGCCCCGGGAGGCCGACAGCGACGACACCAACGGAUCGGCCGGGCAGUAGAUCACCUCCAGAGACUGAGACAGGAUGGAUGAAGGAGGGGUGUGUUCUCUCACGGACAUGUAGAGUGUUUUGUUUAUAUAUUUAUAUUGAUAGAAAGGGUUUGGGUUUGGGUUUGUUUUGUAAGAAAAUUGGUAAAAUGUUGAUGCAGUAAGAAGAGUAAGGUUGACAUGAAUGAGUCAAAACAUUAUGACGUCUCAACUUUCAUCCUCAGGGAAUAAUUUUUCAUUUUUACUUUAUCGCUCCAAGAACCUCAAACGGGGUGGAACCUUUUAGACGACGCUCCGGAUCAGAACCUUUCAUCCAACAACGCAGACUUUGUUCGCCUCAUUUUGUUUUGGCUCAUCUUUAUAUUUUUGCAUGAGACUAAAUAUGCUACCAGUGGGUUUCUCUGUGCAACAGAAGAGAUGAACUUUUCUAACGGAAAACACUUUAUUGUUGUUAUUAUUAUUAAAGCAAGUAAUAUAUUACAUAACAUCGAUUUGAUCUUGUUUGUUCUUUUAAAUAAAUUAUUUGGUGGGUUUUUUUAAAUUUGCAGCUCAGGAGUUUAACAACUUGUCUAAUGAGACUUUUUAAAAUAAAGAAACAGCAACACCUCUGUUCAGAUUUGUAAAACAACAAAUAAAUAACUUGAAUAAAAGUUUCUUCAGAAAGGCUGGAUAAGCAUUGAUUAAGAUUAUGCUAAAUAAAUCCAGGUAAAUCUGACUGAAAUGAAGCAAAUCUUAAAGAAAAUAGGUCAGAAUUUUUAAUUUUGGGCUUCUGAUAUCUGAAU